CCUGACAGGACCUAGCAGAACCAUGAGCUCACCUUUGGCCUCCUUGAGCAAGACCCGGAAAGUACCCCUGCAGUCGGAGCCUGGGCAUCCCGGGUAGGAGCCGGCCCUGUGGGGUCUUUGUGUCCCUGGCCCGUCCGCCCCUUGACCCUCCCGAGGCUGGGGAGAAUGACCCCUAGUGUCUUGGGGGACACCAAGAAGAAUCCAGUCUGACCACCAGCUGCACUGUGCUGCUUGGAAGACACGAGCCCCGUGGGAGUGGCCUGGCGCCUGCCUAAUCGGCCAUCGGUGUCUGCGGACGUUGGUGGUCUGCCUGCCCCGGCCAGGCCCUGAGGGGGUUUUUACAUCUUUCUGGUACUUCUGUCCUUUCAAACCAUUUUUUAAAAAGAUUUAUUUAUUUGAAAGACCCAUUUACAGAGAGGCAGAGGCAGAGAGAGGGAGAGGGAGAGAGAGAGAAAGGUCUUCCAUCUGCUGGUUCACUCGCAAGAUGGCUGCGACAGCUGCAGCUGGGCCAAUCUGAAGCCAGGAGCCAGGAGCUUCUUCUGAGUCUCCCACGUGGGUGCAGGGGCCCAAGGACUUGGGCCAUCUUCCGCUGCUUUCCCAGGCAUAGCAGAGAGCUGGACUGGAAGUGGAGCAGCCGGGAUUCAAACCGGCACCCGUGUGGGAUGCUGGCACUGCAGGCAGCAGCUUUACUCGCGGUGCCACAGUGCUGGCCCCUCAAGCCAUUUUUAACCCCUCCUUUCCUCCUGCUCUCCUGAAUACCGCUGGAGUCCUUCCGAGGCCAAGGCGACCCAGAGAGGAGGCGAGGGAUAAGAAUCUUCGGAGAUGAAGACGAGGUGGAAAUGCUGAACGAUGGAAAUGGCUCAGAAGAAAGGAUCUCUGUCCCUUCCUGCUAUGGCGGCAUAGGCGCCCCUGUGGGAAGGCAAGGCUCUGUAUCCCAUGACUCUGAGGCGUUGGCCUCCGUGGCCAAGCAGUUGUGGGACCUGGAACGGCUGGUGAAGGCCCAGGCUGAUGAGAUGCUGUCCAAGGAUCAAAAGAUACUGGCCCUGGAGGACUUGGUGAAGACCCUCCAGCAGCACCAAGGCGAGGCCUCCCAGCAGCGGCAGGAGGAGCUGGAGACGAUGUGCGAGCAGCUGCAGCGGCAGGUCGGGGAGAUGGAGCGGUUCCUCAGCGACUAUGGGCUGCACUGGGUGGGCGAGCCCAUGGACCAGGAGGACUCCGAGGGUGACAUAGCCUCAGAAGAUGGCGGGAAGGCCUGGAUGACAGCCAAGAAGUUCUGGAAGCCAGGGGACUCGAUGGUGCCCCCCGAGGUGGAUUUCGACAGGCUUCUGGCCAGCCUGCAGGACCUCAGUGAGCUGGUGGCGGAGGGGGACAUGCAGGUGACACCAGUGCCUGGUGGGGCGCGGCUCUGUGUCCUUGAGCCCAUCCCGCUGAAGUUGUACCGGAACGGCAUCAUGAUGUUCGAUGGGCCCUUCCGGCCCUUCCACGACCCCUCCACGCAGCGCUGCCUCCGAGACAUACUGGAUGGCUUCUUCCCCUCAGAGCUCCAGAGACUGUACCCCGAUGGGGUCCCUUUUAAGGUGAGUGACCUGCGCAAUCAGGUCUACCCGGAGAACGGGCUGGACCCGUUCCCAGGUGAGGGCCGCGUGGUGGGCUGGCAGAAGAUGCGCAAGGCCUCGGACCGGGUGGAGAAGCACCAAGGCUCCACGAUGACCGCAGAGAAAUUUCUGAACAAGCUGCCCAAGUUUGUGAUCCGGCAAGGAGAGGUGGUUGACAUCCGGGGCCCCAUCAGGGACACCUUGCAGAGCUGCUGCCCGUUGCCUGCCCGGGUCCAGGAGAUCAUAGUGGAGACACCUGCCUUGGCCACUGAACGGGAGAGGAGCCAGGAGACCCCCAACACCCCUGCACCCCCACUCUCCAUGCUGCGCAUCAAGUCGGAGAACGGGGAGCAGGCCUUUCUACUGAUGAUGCGGCCCGAAGACACGGUGGGCGACGUGCGCACCCUGCUAGCACAGGCCAGGGCCACGGAUGCCACCGCCUUCGAGAUCUUCAGCACAUUCCCGCCCACAGUCUACCAGGAUGACUCGCUCACGCUGCAGGCCGCAGGCCUGGUGCCCAACGCUACGCUACUGCUGCGGGCACGCAGGGCUCCGCUGGCCAGCCCUGGCUUCAGUCCGGGUCCUGGCCCCCGCCCCUAAUAAAGCGCACG